AUGCGCUCUCCUUCCCGUCGCCUAUGCGCUCUCCUUCCCGUCGCCUUCGCGCUCUCCCUCCCGUCGCCCACUUCAUCUCCUCUCGCUCACGUCCUCCCUCCCAUCUGCAUGCUCACGUUCCUCCUCUCCUCUCCCAUCUGCAUGCUCACGUUCCUCCUCUCCUCUCCCAUCUGCAUGCUCACGUUCCUCCUCUCCUCUCCCAUCUGCAUGCUCACGUUCCUCCUCUCCUCUCCCAUCUGCAUGCUCACGUUCCUCCUCUCCUCUCCCAUCUGCAUGCUCACGUUCCUCCUCUCCUCUCCCAUCUGCAUGCUCACGUUCCUCCUCUCCUCUCCCAUCUGCAUGCUCACGUUCCUCCUCUCCUCUCCCAUCUGCAUGCUCACGUUCCUCCUCUCCUCUCCCAUCUGCAUGCUCACGUUCCUCCUCUCCUCUCCCAUCUGCAUGCUCACGUUCCUCCUCUCCUCUCCCAUCUGCAUGCUCACGUUCCUCCUCUCCUCUCCCAUCUGCAUGCUCACGUUCCUCCUCUCCUCUCCCAUCUGCAUGCUCACGUUCCUCCUCUCCUCUCCCAUCUGCAUGCUCACGUUCCUCCUCUCCUCUCCCAUCUGCAUGCUCACGUUCCUCCUCUCCUCUCCCAUCUGCAUGCUCACGUUCCUCCUCUCCUCUCCCAUCUGCAUGCUCACGUUCCUCCUCUCCUCUCCCAUCUGCAUGCUCACGUUCCUCCUCUCCUCUCCCAUCUGCAUGCUCACGUUCCUCCUCUCCUCUCCCAUCUGCAUGCUCACGUUCCUCCUCUCCUCUCCCAUCUGCAUGCUCACGUUCCUCCUCUCCUCUCCCAUCUGCAUGCUCACGUUCCUCCUCUCCUCUCCCAUCUGCAUGCUCACGUUCCUCCUCUCCCCUCGCAUCAUCCGCCUCCUCUCCCCUCCCAUCGCGUCGUUCGCCAUAGCCCUCUCUAUCUCCCUUCCGUGGCCUUCGCCUCGUUUAUCUCCCCUCGCUGCCCGUCCCGUCACCUUUCCGUCGCCCUCGCAAACACACGCGCAACCACCCUCCCGUCCCGAGGGCGCGCAAGUCCUGCCACCUCCCACCCACCACCCCCCCACGGCGGAAGCCGCGGCAGGGGCAGGGGCAGGGCGCGGGCUCCACUCCCCUGCCGCCUCCCCCCCACCCGCCACCUCCUUGCACUGCAGCAGCAGGUGCGGGCAGUCGAGGCAACAGGGGGGAAGAAAACGGGACGAGUGGGAGGUAAAAGGCCGCGACGACCGCCACGGGCGCUCCGCCACCUGGAACCGCACCCCCUCCCCCCCUUCCUUCCUCCAGGCCCUUCCCCACCCACGAUAG